AUGUCGAAUUAAAAUUUGGUACAUUUCCUUUAAUUGCAAGUUAUGCUAAAAAAUUAUGGAAGCAAAUGGGUAAAAAUAAGGAGAAUUGUGAAGCUUUAAUAAUGCAAUUGCGUUGGUAUAAAGAACAAGAACAAUAUAUAAAUAGAGUUCCAAAUCCUUAUAUUGCCCCUUAUAUGAUUGGUAGUAAUACACCAUUAAU